CUGGAGGGCUGGGUGGACGGAGGAGAGGACGCGCUUUGGUUUCCCGUGUGUCGCUGAUUUCAUGUGGAAGAAGAAGAAAGCGGCUAAGAAAUCCCCGAGCUCGCCUCACUCUCAGACGGAUUUUAUUCAUCGAGUCCCCUCAUAAUGUGCACUCCAUGUUGUAUCUCGCAGCUGGCCUGCUGCUGCGGCUCAGCGGCCUGCUCAUGCUGCUGUAAGUGCUGCCCGAAGAUCAAACAGUCUACAGGGACCCGAAUCAUGUACGCCUUCUACUUCCUGCUGGUCACCGUCCUCUGUGUCAUCAUGAUGUCCCCCACCGUGGAGCAGGCAUUGAAAGACAACAUCCCCUUCUACAGUGAAUUGUGCGAGAAGGUGAAUGCAGGCGAAAACUGCAAAACCCUCGUCGGAUACUCUGCUGUCUACAAGGUGUGCUUUGGCAUGGCCUGCUUCUUCUUGUUCUUCUGUAUCUUCACUAUACGGGUCAACAACAGCACGGGCUGCCGGGCGGCCAUACAUAACGGAUUCUGGUUACUGAAGUUUAUCGCGCUGGUGGCAUGUUGCGCUGGAGGCUUCUUCCUCCCCAAUGAGGCAACAUUCCUGGAAGUUUGGCGCUACAUAGGAGCUGUCGGUGGGUUCAUUUUCCUAUUGAUCCAGCUGAUGAUGUUGGUGGAGUUUGCACACAGAUGGAACGCAAACUGGUAUUCAGGAGUGAAGUAUAACCGCCUGUGGUACGCUGCACUGGCCUUUGUGACUCUGGUUCUGUUCAGCGUUGGAGUCGGAGCUGUGGUCUUCAUGGGUAUUUUCUACACUCACCCCGAGGCUUGUUUACUCAACAAGAUUUUUCUAGGCAUCAACGGCAGCCUGUGCCUUGUCGUCUCCCUGCUGGCCAUCUCUCCGUUCAUACAGAAACUGCAGCCCAACUCGGGACUUUUGCAGCCAGGAGUCAUCACUGUGUACGUCAUGUACCUCACAUUUUCAGCCUUUUCCAGCAAGCCAAAAGAGAUGCUGGUAAUAGAUGGUGUGAACACUACUGUAUGUGUGUUCCCCAUCAACUCUGGAUCAGAAAGCGACAAAAAGAUUGUCACUGCACUAGGAACCAUUAUUCUGUUUGGCUGUGUCCUUUACUCUUGCUUGACGUCCACCACUCGACGAGGCUCAGCAGCGCUCAGAGUGUGUAGGAACACUGAGCCGGAGACUGAGAGAGCUCGCUGUUGUUUCUGCUUUGGAGAUGACACAGACGAAUACGAUGAGGAGAAGACGGGCUCGGGCCAGAAUGUGUUGUAUGAUGAGAGAGAGGCAACCAUCUAUAGCUACACCUACUUCCACUUUGUCUUCUUCCUUGGCUCCCUUUAUGUCAUGAUGACCGUCACCAACUGGUUUCACUAUGAUGACCACAAGAUUGAGAAGCUUUUGGAUGGGAGCUGGUCAGUGUUCUGGAUCAAGAUGGCCUCCUGUUGGGUGUGUCUCAUUCUGUACAUGUGGACCCUCAUCGCCCCCAUGGUCUGCCCAAAGCGCUUUGUGGCCUAGUUGCCCAGGCAGAAGUUUACACUCUGGGCCAAGGGACUACCACAGACCUCCCUUACCUUGAAACACAACCCUACACUACCCUCAGUGUUUUGAAAUGGAGGAUUAUUUGUUGCCUUUUGUUUUAUAUGCUAGUGUUUACUUCUCUGUUUUACAAUGUUAAGCUGUUAAUACCUUGAUGGUGUUGUUUUUUGUUUUGUUUUUUUUCUUUUACUACCACUGACACGCAGAGUAUUUUUUUUUGUUUUUUUAAAAUGGUUUACAGGUUUGAAAUUAGAUAAAGAAUUGUGGGACUUAAGUUACACUGAGAAUCGUUCAUCCCUUAUAGAUUAUUUCAAGCCUGAAAGUGUCUUUCUGUACAUGUUUCUCUUGCUUCCACACUCACCCAGUUGUGUACAGUCGCACCAUAAAAUUUGUAUUGAGGUUUUUCAGACAUUUAUUUCAAAACAGAGCUGUUACAGAAGAUAUUGUAUUUAUUUAAAUGUGUCUUAAGGAAUCAAAGGAGGAGUGUGGUGUGAAUUGAAUUAGAUUUUUCCCUGACUCUGUUGGAAAAAAAAAAAAACUCAUCUCUCAGGCUCAUGUUUAAGCUGUAUAUGUUGACGCUUUGUUAUAUUGUGCCCUUUUGUAGAGGUUUUCUAUGCAACAGCUUUUUUAAUAUUACACACUCGGUGUUGUGCAGUUUCCACUUAGAUUAAAAAGAUAACGUUUUAAUAUUGUCAGUGCUCCCUUUGAGCCAAAUCUUUUCUUAGGAAAAUUUCAUGUCAUUGAAAGUUUUCCGGUCAUCGUUGCUGUUGUACAGGCGAGCACUCUUAAAAUCAACCUGACGUGAAGUUCGUAGAGCGCCACCUCUCUGAAAGAGCUGCAGUGACACAUUUGCCAAAGGUAGAGGUCAGAAAACCAGGAAAUACUCAGUUUGUCAAUCUGUUACAGAGAAAAAUCCUAACAUUAUAGCAUUAAAAGCAUUAUGUAUUUGCAUGCAUACGCAGACUCUUAAACCAGCUGUUUUCUGUACAGUUAUAAGUGCUUUCUGCCUCGUCUUCGUUACACGCGUCCACCUAUCAUUGUGGUCAGAAUUAAGUAGCGCGACUGCUUUUUAUCAGCAAGUUAUUCAACACUGGAUGUUGAGUUUACUGCCAAAUUGGCAUUCAUACCUAUUUCAGAAAGUCUCCUGUAUUAAUUAUGUAACUUUUUUGUUAUAUAAAAAAAUACAAUAUAUAUAUUACAAAAGCAAAUCCUUUUUUUUUUGUAUCUCAUUCCUUCAGUUCUUUUCUUUUGCCUAAUUUGAUUCCUAACUUUUUUUUUUUUUAAUAUAAUUUAUAUGUACAUUUUGGCUAAAGUUCCAAGAUGUAUGGAAGUUUUAAUUUGAUUUAUUUUUUCUUUCAUAUAAUUGCAAAAUCUGUUACAUGACUUAUCUUUUGUCCUGCUUUUUAAUUAUUGGUAUGAAUGUAGACAUUUUAUGGUGCUGAGCAGCUUUAUAUAAAAUCAAAAGACCCACUGUGAAGGCUGUAUACUACCACAGAAUCAUCUUGUAUUCUUGAAAUACAUUCAAGUAGGGGCCAUGGAGUUUGCAUUGCUUGCAUUCUUUGAAUAAAACAUCCACUGAUACGC